GAAUUCUGCCAAAGAAAAUAGCAGCAAAGUUGACGGGGAAAUUACAAGGUCUGAGAUCCAUUUGUCAAAUGACCAAAAGAACCGAAAGAAAUUUCAGGUGAAUAUCACCUUUAUUGUGGCCAUAUUUUAGUGAAUAGAAGUUUUCAGAGUUUGUAACAGACCUGUCUAACAUCAAGGUUGUAAACAUGCUCUGGGGAUUUUUCUUGCUGCUCUUUGGAGCUGCCCUCACCCAGUUUAGCUGCCCCCAGAACUGCCUUUGCAGCCUUUCACUGACAGAUUGCCGCUUGGCCAACCUCUCUGACAUUCCCCGGGGAAUUGCUCAAGAAACUGAGACCCUCUUUCUGAAUGAAAAUCACUUAACCCAGGUUCCGCCCGGAGCCUUUCAACCCUUCGUCAAUCUAACUUUUCUUGGCUUGUCCUACAACAAACUCUCCUUGCAGAAUGAUACCUUUGAUGAUAUUGGCAAAAGCAUCCUUUCCCUGGAUCUGGCUGGCAACGAUUUGACAGAGCUGCCACCUGCCUUGUUUCAAAACACAAAACAACUUGUUUGGCUAAACUUGGCUGAAAACAAACUGAGUGCACUCCAUGGAAAGAUUUUUGCCUCCUUGGAAAGACUUACUUACUUGGACCUCUCUCAAAACAGCCUGCAGUUGUCAGCAAAUAUAUUUGUGGGUCUUUCUCGGCUAGAAACCUUAAUGAUGCCUGGUAAUCAUCUUCACGUGGUCCCUGCAGGAAUUUUUGAUCCUAUCCCUAACCUGAAGAUCCUUGAUCUUUCCAAUAAUGAAAUAAGCAGUUUACCAGAGAAUUUAUUUGAAAACUUGACAAACCUGAAUGACUUGCUCCUUGACAAUAAUAAUUUCAAGAAGAUUCCAUUUUCUGCAUCCACUCUCCUCCCCACCUUAGAGCAUUUCUCAAUUUCUAGGAACAACAUCCAAAAUAUUUCUUCCCUUUCAUUCAUUGGCAAUUCUAACUUAAGGAGGCUUGACCUGUCAAAUAAUUUAGUGUCUGAUGUUCCCUCUCAUUUCUUCUCAGUGUUUAAGCAGCUGGAGUUUCUUAAUCUUUCUGGAAAUAAUAUAAACAUUCUUCCAGGAGAUAUCUUUGUAAAUAACACUCAGCUAGCAUUUCUGUAUUUGGACAGAAACAAGUUUCACACCCUACCUGUUUUUUUGGGUCUUCAAAGACUUAUAGAGUUAACGCUCUGUUGCAAUGGUAUAGAAAGCUUGCCCAGAGCCUUCACAGACAAAAUGUAUGAAUUAGAACUACUGGAUCUUUCCAACAACAAUAUAACAGAGACUGAAGGGCUGAAUUCUAAUAUAACACGAGUAAUUUUGACUGAGAAUCCAGUCUGUACAAACUUGAUGGUUUUCAAAACACAUUGUUAAAAACCCAGACUGUAGCAAGGCAAAAAUAAAGGGGAUAAAAAUGGCUGUGCUAAUUAGGUAUUUUUUUUAAAUUAACAAACAUUGUUAUUUAUGGGUUUGAGUUCCAAAUUUUAUCCCUCUUUCCCUCCCUCCACUCCCCUCUCCCUGCCGCAGUAAGCAAUCAGAUAUGGGCUAUACA